GUUUGGCGCGCUUUCUUCCCGGGGUUCCCCCCCCCCCGGUCCCUGUGGAGGCGGGAGAUGCCUUCGCCGCUCGCUCGGUGCAGCGCCGGACUCCCGCGUUUGCAGAGAAGCAUGCUGUGUAGACCACUAGGCCUGUAGCCCCUCCAUAGACCAUGUUCUCAGAGCAAGCUGCCCAAUCGGCUCAGAGCCUCCUGACCUCACCAUCUGCAGUGGCUUCUACCUUCGACCGCGUGCCUGUCUCCACAUAUUCCAACUGCUCCCAGAACUUCAGGCUCGGGGAGCGGACUUUCAGUCGACAGUAUGCCCACAUCUAUGCCACACGCCUCAUUCAGAUGAGACCAUUGUUGGUUGAAAGAAUCCGAAGCAAAUGGGGGAACAACGUUACCGUGAAGAAACUCUGUGAGCUGCAGCCGGCAGAGAAAUGCUGUGUGGUGGGGACGCUCUUCAAGUCUAUGCAGCUUCAGCCUUCCAUCCUGCGGGAAAUCAGCGAAGAGCACAAUCUGCUACCACAGCCUCCUCGCAGCAAGUAUAUCCACCAAUCAGAUGAGCUGAUCUUGGAAGACGAGCUGCAGCGAAUUAAACUGGAGGGAGCAAUUCAAACUGACAAGCUGGUGACAGGAACCAUCCUCGCUGUCUAUGGCUCAGAGACAGAUGAUGGCAGAUUCCUUGUUGAGAAUCACUGCUUUGCAGAUAUGCCCACCCAGCUGCCCAUGAUGGGGCCCAGCACAGACAGGUUUGUCUUGCUGGUGUCUGGCCUCGGCCUCGGCGGCAAGAGUGGAGAGAGUCUUCUGGGCAUGCAGCUCCUGGUGGACAUGGUGACGGGGCAGCUGGGAGCCGAGGGAGAGCAGUGUAGUGCAUCUCUCAUCUCCCGUAUCAUUCUGGCAGGCAAUUUGCUCAGCCAGAAUACUCAGAGCAGGGACGCCGUGAACAAGGCAAAGUACCUGACCAAGAAGACUCAGGCUGCCAGCGUGGAAGCUGUGAAACUGCUGGAUGAAAUCCUACUGCAGUUGAGCAUGUCUGUACCUGUAGAUGUGAUGCCUGGUGAGUUUGAUCCCACCAACUACACAUUGCCUCAACAGCCGCUGCAUCGCUGCAUGUUCCCCCUCUCGAGCGCCUACUCUACGCUGCAGCUGGUGACCAACCCCUACCAGGCCAACAUUGAUGGUGUCAGGUUUUUAGGGACUUCGGGCCAGAACAUCAGUGACAUCUUCAAGUAUAGCAGCAUGUCUGACUAUCUAGAAAUUCUGGAGUGGACCUUACGGAUUGGGCAUCUCAGCCCCACGGCCCCAGACACACUUGGCUGUUACCCAUUUUACAAGACUGACCCUUUCAUCUUCUCCGACUGCCCUCACAUCUAUUUCUGUGGGAAUGCACCGUCCUUCAAAUCCAAAGUUGCUGAAGGUGCUAACGGUCAGAAGGUCUUGCUGGUGACCCUCCCUGAUUUUGCCACCACACAGACUGCUUGCUUGAUCAAUCUGCGUGACCUCACCUGCCAGCCGGUCAGUUUCUCUGCCUUUGGUGCCAAUGAGGAGGAGGAGGACGAGGAGACAGGAAUGGAGACUGGACACUGAGAGAUAUGUUUGAUAUCU